AAGAAAGUUCCAGGAGUAAAGAAGCAAGUGGGAAGCUGAAAGCGGAAAGCCGCCUUUCCCCACGUUGAUCGUUGAUUCAUUGAGUUCGCUAUGAUGCAAUCAUCGAUUUGCGACGUCACGGGGUCCAGGAAGCUUCCGGCUUUUCCACUAAAUUUCUCUUUUCCCCCUCUAGAUUCCUUUCAGAUUCUGUGAAGCUCUAUUCUCCAUCGCACGUUUCCUCAUGGCGACUGCGCAAAUGACCGGUCCCAGGUCAGCUCGACUGGCUGAUGAUGCCGCUACUGCUGCACUUUAUGCAGUGCAGCCGCGACGCAAGGCGUCCGUUCGCGAGAAGACUGCAUCUGAUAUUAAUAAUCAACAAGUAAAGGGCGCAUCAAAUCUGAGCGCCGCUUCGGCUGGAGCUGCGAUUGCCCAUGCAAAUCGGAAACCGGUGGAAAUAUGGCGCCCGGGACGACUGACCGAGGCCGAGACGGCCGCCUAUUGUGUGAGGGACUUUAAGGCCCCCGAGGUUCCCAAACCCAGCUCCCAAUAUAGCUCCGAGGGACUGGGCGCCGCCAUUCUUGCCGUUCGAGAACAAAGGAGUUCAAAUUUGUCGCCGACCCGAGAGACGCAGCAAUAUGAACACUCCCGCAGUAACCAGGACAAGGCACUCCGAGCCGCCACGGGUGCCUAUGCAACAGGCCGGAAGCGUGCUGACUCGGCACCAAGUGAGCCAGUCGUUACCUCCGACUCUCCGUACGCCCUAUCGGCCGCGGGGGCGUCGCAUAGAAACAAAAUAGAGGAUGAAGAGCCCCUCGAUCAUUUGGAUAGCGCGAUGGAAGCGAGUCGAAUCCGCCACCUUGCCAACGUCAACGCCAAACUGUAUACCUCAUCCCCUCCUAUGCAAAGUGAGGUACAAGAGCGUAAUCGGAAGAACUCCUUGCAUGCUGCAGCUAUCUCCAUGGCUAAGGAGAUGUAUGACCCGAACAACCCCAAAGUUCCAGUUCGAUCGAAGACCAUCGGCGGAACUGAAGGAUCCACGGCCCAACGCGCAAUGACCCUCCAGGAAGCGGCACAGAAAAGGGCGGCAGAGAAACUUGCUCUCAUGCACAAUGAGCAGGCCGAGAUGCAGAACUACUAUGGUACUACUCCUCAGCCUACGCGAUCUCGCCUGACCACUCGUCGGAAGAGAACUGCUAGCGAUGCAGAUUCAGUCCAAGUAGAUGCCGAGCAGUCCAGGUAUAUUCGGAAUCAAAUGAGAAGCCUGCGGACCAAGGUGAAUGACGUAGACGAAAAGAGAACCAGGGACCGGGCGUUGCUCAUGGAAGCCGCACAACGCAACGUUGAUGCGACUUUGAUGAGCAUGGAGAUGAAAAUGUAUGCCGACAAAGGCCGGGCACCACCGUCUCUUCAGAAGGAAUGGGAUGAGGCCGCCCGCGAGCGUGUACGCCGGGAAGCUGAAGCAGCGGAAGCGAACACUGCUCGCGGAAACCGCGUCAAUAUCGGAACGCACCAAUAUAUGGAUAUGGCUGAUGUUGAAGCCGUUGCACGCUCCCGUCUGCAACCAACACUCGAUGAGAUUACCGACAAUGCGGAUCAAAAGAGGGCCGAUGAGCUCGAGGCACGUCUUGAUGCCGAGGAGCAAGAAAGGCACGCCGCAAUAGAAAGGGAGCGUGAGGCUAGCAUGACUAGAGUGGCAGACUCGCGUGACAAGGGGUCUACCAAGGAGAAGCGAAACAGCAAGUUAAUGGGCUUCCUGUGGAGAAUGCAGAGUAAGCGCGAAAAGCGUUCGUCGAAGGAGCCUGUGGCCCCGGAAACCAUAGACCAUGAAGAACCCAACGAAGAAGCAGUAGCCAAGGACGAAACACAAGAGGAGGCCACCGCGACGGCUGCUGGUAUCGUACCAGGGGAAGAAGCCAAGGAAGAGCCCAAGGAAGAACCUGAGCAAGGAGCUAUUCAGGAACCCAAGCAAGAGCCUGUGCAAGAGCCUGUGCAAGAGCCCUUGCACGAGCCCACGGAAGGAUCCAAGCAAAAUGCUGCCAUGGUUCAAGCCCCCGAAGCGCCGGAAGCGCCUGAAGUAGCUGGCCCGGCAACUCUUGUCACUGCUGCCCCCAUUGCAGCCCCAGUCUCUAUCACCGAACCUGCCGAGUAUGACGAACGUCCCACCAUGAUGAGUCGAUCCCACACUACACCACGAGAUGCCGCAGCGGUUGGCGCUGGCCCAGCACAGAUGCAUGACAUUCGGCCGAUCACGAGUCCGCGAGCAGAUUCAAAGCUGAGGAACUGGUUCCGGGACCAAUUGGUCCGCCGUUCAAGCGGGCCUGUGCAUGUGUACCCCCACCAGCCUGGUCCAGAUUUCAAUAGCGAAAGUGAAGUUGGGUUCUCUGGAGGUGCUGCUCUGGCUGCGAAGCCUGAGUCUCGACCCGAGUCUAGAGGAGCGGCUCUAAGCUCUCAUCCAUUCACCGGAGAUGACCUCGACCAGGGUGAGCCCGCUCGCAAUGGUAGUGUCGACGUAGGCAAGACAAAGACAUUCAGCGACAGCUCGGUUGGGAGUGCCGAGCCUGCGACCAACGGUCAUGCGAAAAGUAAGCGGGAACGCUUCAAGAAGACCUUCUUGAAGAGUGUUUCGCGCACUGAUGAAUCCAAGACCAAUGGCUCCGGCACGGUUCCUGACUCGAAGGUCCAGGGCACCGAUGUUCGAGGCUUGAGAGACAGUGCUGUUGAUCAGGGCCUUCCUGUUCCACCCGUUCUUGGAGAGACUGCCAGCGCCGGCCGGGAGUCUAGAUUUUCUGAAGAUCUGUCAUGA